GGCGGCGGCGGCGGUGGCAGAGCGUUAGGGGGAAGGUGUGCGCAGGGGGCGGCCGGGGGGGCAGGGAUGAGCCAUGGCAUCGGUCAAAGUGGCCGUCCGAGUCAGGCCUAUGAAUCGCAGGGAGAAGGAUUUGGAGGCCAAGUUUAUUAUUCACAUGGAAAAAAACAAAACAACUAUCACAAACUUAAAGAUACCAGAGGGAGGAUCUGGGGAUACCGGAAGAGAACGGACCAAAACCUUUACCUAUGACUUUUCUUAUUUUUCGGCUGAUAGUAAAAGUCCUAACUAUAUAACUCAAGAAAUGGUUUUCAAAAAUCUUGGCACUGAUGUCCUGAAAUCUGCAUUUGAAGGUUAUAAUGCUUGUGUAUUUGCAUAUGGACAGACUGGAUCCGGGAAGUCUUACACUAUGAUGGGAAAUACUGGUGACUCUGGCUUAAUACCUCGAAUUUGUGAAGGGCUCUUCAGUCGAAUAGGGGAAACCACAAGAUGGGAUGAAGCAUCUUUUAGAACUGAAGUCAGCUACUUAGAAAUUUAUAACGAACGUGUAAGAGACCUACUUAGGCGGAAAUCGUCCAAAACCUAUAAUUUAAGAGUUCGUGAACAUCCAAAAGAAGGACCUUACGUAGAAGAUUUGUCCAAACAUUUAGUGCAGAAUUAUGGUGAUGUAGAAGAACUAAUGGAUGCAGGGAAUAUAAAUCGCACUACAGCAGCAACUGGAAUGAAUGAUGUUAGUAGCAGAUCUCAUGCCAUUUUCACAAUCAAGUUUACUCAGGCUAAAUUUGAUGCCGAAAUGCCAUGUGAAACAGUUAGCAAGAUCCAUUUGGUGGAUCUUGCUGGAAGUGAGAGAGCAGAUGCCACUGGUGCCACGGGGGUUAGAUUAAAGGAAGGAGGGAAUAUUAACAAAUCCCUCGUUACUCUGGGAAAUGUCAUUUCUGCCUUAGCUGAUUUAUCUCAGGAUGCAGCAAAUCCUCUUGUAAAGAAGAAGCAAGUAUUUGUGCCUUACAGGGACUCUGUUUUGACGUGGUUGUUAAAAGAUAGCCUUGGAGGAAACUCUAAAACUAUCAUGAUUGCCACUAUUUCACCUGCUGAUGUCAAUUACGGAGAAACCCUAAGUACUCUUCGCUAUGCAAAUAGAGCCAAAAACAUCAUCAACAAGCCUACCAUUAAUGAGGAUGCCAACGUCAAACUCAUUCGUGAGCUUCGAGCUGAGAUAGCCAGACUCAAAACUCUGCUUGCUCAAGGGAAUCAGAUUGCACUGUUAGACUCACCUACUGCUUUAAGCAUGGAAGAAAAACUCCAGCAGAAUGAAGCAAGGGUACAAGAGCUGACCAAAGAAUGGACAAACAAGUGGAAUGAAACCCAAAAUAUUCUGAAAGAGCAAACUCUAGCUCUUCGGAAAGAAGGAAUUGGAGUUGUUUUGGAUUCUGAACUGCCUCACCUGAUUGGCAUUGAUGAUGACCUUCUGAGUACUGGAAUAAUCUUGUACCAUUUGAAGGAAGGCCAAACAUAUGUUGGCCGAGAAGAUGCUGCAACAGAGCAGGAUAUCGUUCUUCAUGGCCUUGAUUUGGAAAGUGAGCAUUGUGUAUUUGAAAACAUCAACGGGACAGUGACUUUAAUACCACUCAAUGGAGCUCAGUGUUCUGUGAAUGGAAUUCAGAUUAUGGAAGCUGCACACCUAAACCAAGGUGCUGUAAUACUUUUGGGAAGGACCAACAUGUUUCGUUUUAACCAUCCCAAAGAAGCUGCCAAACUUAGGGAAAAGAGGAAGAGUGGACUGCUGUCUUCCUUCAGUUUAUCUAUGACAGACCUUUCCAAAUCCUGUGAGAACCUCUCAGCUGUCAUGCUGUAUAACCCAGGUCUUUUCCCUGUAAAAGGACCAAUCUGUCUAAGACUUGAAUUUGAGAGGCAGCAACGUGAGGAGCUGGAAAAAUUAGAAAGUAAAAGGAAACAAAUUGAAGAAAUGGAAGAAAAACAAAAAUCAGACAAGGCAGAACUAGAGCGGAUGCAACAAGAAGUAGAGUCACAGCGCAAGGAAACGGAAAUCGUGCAGCGACAAAUCCGAAAACAGGAAGAGAGCCUGAAACGGCGCAGUGUUCACAUUGAAAGUCGACUGAAAGAUCUGCUGGCGGAAAAGGAAAAAUUCGAAGAGGAGCGGCUGAGGGAACAGCAGGAGAUAGAACUUCAGAGAAAGAAACAAGAGGAAGAGAGCGUGCUUAGAGUAAAAGAUGAACUCCAUCGACUCCAAGAACUUAACAACAAUGAGAAAGCUGAAAAGAUCCAUAUCCUCAGAGAACUUGAGCGACUUAAGAGGGAAAAAGACGAACAGUUUGCCAAGCUUGAGUUGGAAAAAAAACGACUAGAAGAACAAGAAAAGGAGCAAAGAAUGCAUGUUGCCCAUCUUGAAGAUCAGCUCCGAGAGAAAAAGGACAUGACACAACUCCUCAAGCGAGGAGAUGUCCAGCAGGUGGAGGAGGAGAAAAGGGACCUUGAAGAUAUCAGAGAAUCCCUUUUGAAAGUUAAAGAAGCCCGGGCUGAGAAUGAUGAAGUUGGCGAAGAAUUAGAAAAAGCCCAACUUUAUUUCUUGGAGUUCAAGCAAAAGCAGCUAGCACAGUUAAAUACUUUGGAGAAGGAUCUAGUUCAGCAGAGAGAUCACCUGGAAAAAGAAGUUGCAGGGGAACGGGAGACGCUAGGACGGUUAAAAUAUGGAGGCGAAGAAGACUUAAACUUGCACCAGGGAAAUGAUGAAAAGAGCUCUGCUGCCGCACUGGUGGCUCAAGAUCUUGAGAGAAUAAAGCUAGCAGAAUACCGACUACAACAUAAAGAACGGCAGCUUCAGUACCUCACGCACAAUCACUUGCCAACUUUAUUGGAAGAAAAGCAAAGAGCUGUUGAAGUCCUUGACAGAGGCCCUCUUGGCUUAGAUAAUACACUGUAUCAAGUAGAAAAAGAAAUGGAAGAAAAAGAGGAACAGCUCGCACAGUACAGAGCCAAUGCUAACCAGCUACAGAAACUGCAAGCUACUUUUGAAUUCACAGCAAACGUUGCUCGUCAGGAAGAGAAAGUUAGGAGGAAGGAGAAAGAAAUUCUUGAAUCGAGAGAAAAGCAGCAGAGAGAGGCGUUAGAACAAGCUGUAGCCAAACUGGAAAAGAGACAUUCUGCAUUACAACGCCGGUCCACCUUAGACCUGGAAAUUGAAGAACAGAAACAAAAACUUGCAACUCUUAGCAGCAAUAGCGAACAGGCUGGAUUGCAAGCUAGUCUAGAAGCUGAGCAAAAAGACCGACUGAGGCUAGAGCAGGAAAUUCACCUGCUGAAGCAGAAGAUACAUGAAGGGGAUGCCGUGCAGAAGGGAUAUCGCGGAACCCUGGAGGAGAGGCAAUCUGACACCGGCUCACCUACAAGCCCUGCAAAAUCGCAGUCUUCUUCGGCACCGCUGGUUGAUGACAGGAUUAAUGCAUAUAUUGAAGAAGAAGUGCAAAGGCGUCUCAACAGCAUGAUUAGCGAUUUCAGUGUCGAUUUGUCAUAUUCUACAGAAGAGCUAAAGGAUAAUGAGAAAUGUCACAAUGGUGCUACUAUUCAGCGAAAGCUAAAGUAUGAGCGGAUGGUUUCUCGCUCUUUGGGAGCAAAUCCAGAGGACCUUAAAGACCCAAUUAAAAUUAGUAUUCCACGCUAUAUUCUCUGCGGACAAGGAAAAGACGAACACUAUGAAUUUGAGAUAAAGAUUACUGUCCUGGAUGAGACUUGGACUGUGUUCCGGCGGUAUAGUCGUUUUCGAGAAAUGCAUAAAACUUUGAAGUUCAAACAUCCAGAGCUGGCUACUUUGGAAUUUCCACCAAAGAAACUCUUUGGAAACAAGGAUGAUCGCGUGAUUGCCGAAAGACGGUAUAACCUAGAGAAAUACCUCAGGAACUUUUUCUGCGUGAUGCUCCAGUCUCCGACAUCUCCCCUGCACAUCGACAAAGUGGGACCAACCCUUUCGAAGCACACCAUCUGUGAGUUCUCUCCAUUCUUCAAGAAAGGAGUGUUUGACUACAGCAGCCAUGGAACAGGGUAGAUCCUUGGGCCAACAGAUCAGCAUCCAGUGCAGUGCCUUCCUUUUACUGUGGUCCUCCAAAAAUACAGUGAACCCACAAACCUCAUCUCCAAAAAAGUGCUGAAUUAAGUCUUGCCAUAUGAAAGAAGAUAUGCAACAAUUCUAUCCUUUAUUUCUAAAACCUUUUUCACAUCUAGUGCCUGAGUUGGUGACUUUAUAUUAUGACACUGGUUUCUCCUCAGGAUGACCAUGUCAGGGAGUUCUCAUAGAGCUACGUUGCUUGAUUCUGGUUCUUUUUCUAAGUCCCUCCUGUAUAUUGCUCAGACAAUUCAUUUCAUGCCAAGAUUUCAUAUAAACUUUGGUUCUUCUUGAUUAAUGAAAGCCUCAUGUAGCCAUUUUCCAGUGUGUAGCUAGAAUGUGGAGUUAGUAGUAUAUCAUACCCUGACUCCUGUCUAUAAGAGCAGCAAGCCGGCUAGUUGUCCAUCAGACUUAGCGAGCCUGCUGGGGGCCACUGACAAUCUUUCCUUGAGACCUGAGCCUGUUGGAGGCCCCAAAGUUCAACCCUCCCGAGUUUGAGCUGGGAAUGGACAGCCCCCUCUUCCUUGCUAAGCAGUAAGCGCUAGAAGAGUUUACAUUUCUUUCUUGAUAAAGCUGGAACAAGACAAAAUCCUCUCUCCACAGCUGCAUGGGACAGUGAUGUCGCCAUGUAGCAUAACCAUGAAACGGUUGGGGCCUGGAGCAGCAUUUAAGAUGCUGAGCCCUUUUAGAAGUUGACUAUAUCACAGAAGAAUCAAGCUUUUGGGCAGACCAGACUACUGCGAUGUUAGUGCCUAUCAGAUUCAGUCUGGACCUAGGUUAGAGAGGCCUGGGACAGAUGUAAUCAGGUCCCAACCCAGCUUGUGCCUAGCUACAGCCCUGCUUGUAUCCCUGUUUCCUGAGAGGCCUAGUGGGAGUUGAUUUGUGGCCCCUGGUGGCUCGGGGGGACUUUCUUUGGGCCCAUGCCACCUUGGAACCAGAAUUUCCACCCAGUCAGUUGCUACGUUGUGGGUUGGACCCGAGCCCAUGGCUAGGGGAGUUGCCAAGCAUCUGCUCAAUACCGGCCUAUCGUCCAGUCCCUUCCGAGUCAAUUGGAAAUUCAACUUGCUUCCAAAACUACCUCCUCACUGCUCCAGCCCAAGGAUGUUCCCCAAACUGGGAGCCAGCCCUAGGUCAGUCCUAGGAUUCCCCAAAGCCACCCCAGCAAUCGGAAGAACCCUUUGCUCAGCUCCUCAGAUAAGUGGCUCCAGAAGAGCAGCAAGACUGUUUGCCAUCAGAACACCCUGGCCGCCAGUUUGACUGUACCGGGAUUCAGCUUUCAUAGCCAAACCCUCUGCUGCCACUUUUUAAAGGCCCUUUUUUCCCCUUCUAGGAUUCUCUCUUUCCCAAAGUAUACCUUAGGAAUUGACCCUGUCCCACUGCUAUUAUUUCAAUCACUGUAUGGCAUGGCUCCUCCUAAGAAUCUGAGUUUUUGUAUAAUAUUGGCAUGAAUGUUUACCAAGAGUCUUACUUUCUGCAAUAAUUUUAAGUCAAAUCCUGUCAGAAAGCUUUCUGUGCUUGUUUGACUAAUUAUAAUUUGGAUUUCUGAAUAUUUAUAAAAUAAAUAAAAAAGAAGAAAGGACCUUCAUUUGACCUUUUUAGGUCAAAAUUUCUGUUUUCUAAUAUUUUAGAAUAUAAUUUCUAAUGCCCACUGAAUAGAUUUCAUGUAUAUGCAAAUCAGUGUACAGCAAUAUUAUAAUACAUACUACAGUAUCAUAUAUAUGUAUAUAUAUAUAUUUAUAAACUGAGGUAUUGUGUUCACAUUUGUUACAUUUUCUUCCAGACCUUAACCUGUAAAAAUAAGAAUUUACAAUCUUUUAUUAAAGAUUUGUUUUCGGAUUUAUGCUGAAUUGCACACAUAGGUAUAAUAUAAUGCCUGCUUUGUCUUUCUAGAUGUAAGAAAUAUGGUGAGUGAAAAGAUCACUUGUUUAUAUAUAAAUGAAAAUGAGGGUGUCUGUACAAUUAUACAUAUACUCAAACACAUCAGUUGUAUCAGUCGAAAUUGUAUAGUCUCAAACAAAUUAAUGAAAAGUCAUUAUGAAAUGAUUUGGUUCAUUCAAAACUGAAAUUAAAUUCUUAUUAAUAUUAAAUGAAGGUGGGUUCUAAAAAUUUUUAUUUUAGACUAUUUGGCAUGAUCAUUAUUCCACAUCUGUUUAAAAAUUGAUCUUAAAGUAGCUUGAAAAUAUACUUAAUAUAUAAUUUAUCAGUUUAUGGCUGAUAAUUUACAAAAGCAAUACUUUUAGAGCUAGAUAAACAGGUAACAAAACUAGUUUGCUUAUAGUCAAGGUAGUUGUGUCUAGUCUAUAACUAUUUUUGUCUGGAGAGGAAGUUUUGUGGAUAUAGUAUAAAAAUGUAACUAUUUCUGCAUCAUCGAAGCUGAAGAAAAGAAAGGGAGAGUGCAGGCUUUUUACUGCAGCAGAAAGAAUCUGCUUCUGACUGCAGUAACAGUUAUUGGUAUGGGCUUAGGGGCAAUUAUUGUAGGGGAAUUUAAAUCCAGAGAUUAAGGGAUAACAGCUGUGGAGAUGAUAAUUUACUGUAGGUCAUUUAUUUAAAAGGAGCUGAAUCUCUGAAGAUUAUCUUUUGUUUGCUGAGUAAACCAAAUGGCUUCCACAAAAAUGGCCAGAUAAUCUACCUAACCUACAGUUUUAAGACUUUCCUUGAGGUAACAGUAUGCUUGCAUUUAAAAAGUGAACUAUUCACAAUAGGUCUUCCAGAAUGCAGUAGUAACUUGCCAAAAAAAUAAACAGAAAUAUUCUUACAGGAAUUGGAUGAAGAAAGCUUAUCCCUCAGGCACACCCACCAUCUUUACAUUUUGGAUAAACAGGAUUUGAUUGUAGCAGAGGAACAGGAGAAUAACGUACAGUGUGAGAUCUUAUACCCCCAGCCUCAGCAACUUCCAAGGUCAGUAUACCCAAACAUAGUAAGAGGAAUGUUCACAGCAAACUUUAGAAAAAUAUGCCAGAAAAGAAAAUUCCAAUCUCUUUCUAGGAUGAGGAGAAGCCAAAUGCUAGAGUCCAAAUACCGCAUGGUUAACUCAGCCACAUAACAUGGAGGUCAGCCAGGCACUCCUGCCUACUAAGUUUAGUCCAGGAUAACUAACUAGAUAGCUUCUUCUGAAGUGAGAAGUGGAGAUUCCAAUUUAAGAAAGCAGGUUCCUUUGGCCACUUCUUUUGACUCCUUCCCUUGGGCUCAAGAGCCCCAUUUGGCUUCAAAUUCCCAGGCUUGGGUCCCACUCCAGAGAUACUAGAUAAGACCAUUGGACCACACCAGAAGUGAGUUUGAGUUGAAUUGAAAGUGUUCUCAGCCUUCACUUCCGGGGACAACUUCUCAUACAUUUUGCCCGUAAGUGUUGGUUCUAGUGGCUAGAUGGGACUUGUGGUUCCAACAGUCCUAUAGAACAGCCAGACCUUCUAUUCGGCAUCGCGCCAAGGUGGAGCUUCAGCCUUUUCCACUGCUUGCCCCAAACGGCCAUGAAAAGGGAGAUGGUGAGAUGCCGUGGCCCAACUCAAAAGUCCUUCAAGGGCUGUCUCUGUUUUCACUGCCUCAUCUGUCUUUGGUAUUAGCAGAGCACUUCUGUUUAAAGCUCCUAUCCCAGAAGGCUUUGCUCCAACUCAACAUGAGCCAUGGCUUUUUUUGUUAAAAACUCAAACAGGAGGGUGUAAUGCAGAACUCAGCUCUGCCCUAGCACCAUUUGCUCAUUUACAUUUCUAAGUAGUUAGUAGCAGCUCAGUCAUCAUCAGAUAGAAUCAUAGCUCCCACUCUGCAAGUCUACUGACAUUGUGCAUUUCUCUUAAUUUGCCACUAGGACAGUAGUCCUUGCCCAUAGGAUUCCUUUCCACUUAUCUCGAAGAUCCUCUUCCUUCACUGGUUCUGCUAGGGAAAAUUCCCUCUGAGAAUUUGUUAGAUGUAGGGGAGUGGGAAAGGAGAGAGAAAUGUUUGCAGAGGUGAUGGGAUUUAAUAGACUGGAUUAGCAAUCUGAAUAUUAUUUAAAUGUGAUGAUUUUUUCAGGGGGGAAAGCAAUUAAGUACCAUUAAUUACCCUCCAGCUUCGGAAUCUUUCUUUAAGAUAAGAACUGUGAUGGAUGUUUGUUUUUUCAUCGUCUCUGGAUUGUAUUUGCGAAUCUCCAGGCAAUACUUUGAAAAAUGUAUCCACAGCACUUAAAGAACAACAUCAGAUUUAUGAGUCGCUGCUGGACUUGUCUUCCAUUUUUUGUCUUGAAUUUCCAAAGUCCUGUAUUUGAAAUUCUCCCCAGUACACUGUGACAAGAAAAGUACUGUUCGCUUUGUCCUAGUCAACUGAUUUCCAAAGAAUUACUGAGUGUGGCAUUGCAGAGCUCAUAUUAAUCUGCACAGACUCAUUCUCAUAAAUUUAUUCUUCUGGAAUCUUUGCCUAGGAAUUUUCUGUGAAAACUAUUACAUCCAGAUGGCUCUUGUAAAAUGAUUGAAAGCAAAAUUAUUUUCCUUUUGUUAGUCUGUAGAUAGUUUUUGCUCAACUUCCAGUGUCCUUUCAGUUGAAAUUUGGUAGUAUUUUUUGAUAGGGCCUGUCAAGACCCUAUCUUGAGGUUCAAUUCAAGAGUGUCCUUUACUCUCCCACUGGACUCAAAAUACAAUGGAGUCAGUGAAGAAAUUGUAACUUGGUUUGAAAAGUAUAACAGGUCCAAGGAGAUAAUGCCAAUCAAAUACUCUAUAUACAGACAGUACCGAUUAUUGGUCUCAGAUGGAGUUCAUGUAGGAUGUCUUCACCAAGCCAGUCUGGAUUAGCUCAGUCAUCAAUUCCUAUCACUUUUGCUCUGAUGUUUGGGCUAAUCCGAGGGUAGAGAGGAUCAGUGCACAGUCCAACAGCCACGGCUUCAGCAACCCAACACAGAUACGGCUGCCGUAGCCGCCGCCACAGCCUUCCCAGUGUUUAAAAUUGUGUGGAAGCAUGUGCCACCAGCCGAGUCCUUGCCACUGUGCUGCUGUGAGACGAGUUGGGAUCGAGGGCCCAGGUAGCAUCGGGCCAUUUGAAGCGUUCAGCUGGUUAGUCCUACUCUUGCCAAUUAGAAUGUAGCCCAUCCUUGUGCCUAGGCUUUCCCAAGGUACUGGCAGAUGAAGGGAGUCAGAGAUGAGUAUGCUGCUCCUGAAGGCUAUUGGGGAUUUGUAGAGUAGGGAUGCUGUGAACUAAAGGGCCUGGUGGCCAGCCAUCUGUAUGUGUCUAACAACCCUUCCAGACGUUGUACCUUCCGGCGAGAGAGAGCGAGAUCGAUCUUAUCCUCCAGGGGCCUUUUCUAAAUGAGCAAAUGAAAGGCACUGAUGACUCAAGUCCCUCAUCCACGCCGUAUGCUAGAGCACUGGUAGUUACAUUUUUCUUUCACUCAUAUGUGUUUUCAUCUGCAGUUGUCUGUGCCCUCUAUUAGAUUACCAUCUCCUAAGGGCAGAGGAUAUGCCUUCUACUUCUUUCUACUAACCCACAGCUCCAAACCGUGGAUGCUAUGUUUACUGGGCAGGGAAUAAAAUAAAACUGCUCUUAUGUCUUGAAGAGAAUUUAAGUAAUAUGUGAGAGUAGGUAGAAGCAAAGGGAGAAGAAGGUAGGAUCCCUGAAAUAGAAAAGUAAAUUUGCUGACAGGAAUGCUUAGGUUAGGGAUAUAGACAGAUAAAACUUAAUAACGGGAAUAUAAACCACAGGAGAGCAGGGAGAAAAAUUAAUUAUUCUUUAGAGGAUGAAUGAGUACCAGGAAAACUAUAAAUGUGAAUAUACAUGGAUGUGUGUUAUGUGUGAGUCUACAUGCACAGGGCACCACACACACACUCUAUCUCUCUACUGAAAUAAAAGAAGACCAAAAAAAAGUCCUGGUUGUGUUUUUGAUUCCAAUAGAAGCAGUAGCACAUGUACUAAGUACUUCAAGAGAAUUUGAAUUCAGUUCUAGCUCACCAGUGACACAACUUCCAUUUGUUUCUUUUAGAUAUUUUGUAAUGAAUGCUGAUACACUGUUAAAGUUAAACAAAUACUCUAAAACACUCAAUAGUGUCUGUCUGAUUAUCAAACAAAAGCAGCCAAAAAAUUAUUCGGCCUCAGUUGCUAAUGUUCUGUUAGCCAAAUGUAUGAAUUUUUAAAAAGAUGUUCAUUUAUUUGAUUAUUCAUUGUAAAAGCAUCACAAUUACAAUGUAAUGACAAUCACGAUGAAUGUAUCUUGCCCCAACAACAGUCUCAGAAUGUCUGUUCUGUGCUUUGUGUCUGAAAUCGGUUUGCUUUAGCUCUUCCUUGGAGUGCUCUAGAACCGUCAAGUUGACAUGAGGAAAAAAAAAAGAUGAACUAUUUGCAUGGAUAGAUGAACUUAUUGGUGCAAUAUUUUUAGAGAUGCAUGAGCCCAAAACUUUAAUAAUUUUUUUUUAAAAAGCAAUUUAUUGUCAAAACGAGGUGAAAGCACCUAGUUGUAUAGUCAUUUUAAAAUUAUAUUUAUUUAUGCAUUUUUAGAUAAGUUUUAAAGUUUGUAAAGGGUUUUCACUAUCAUCUAAUAAAACAGCUGUGAUAGAGAUAAAA